AUGGACGAAGAAGUUGCCGCAGAAACCAAAAAAGACACUGAAGUAGCACCGGCACUCAUCGCCGUCCACCCAGACCGACACUCCGUUGCCGUAGCAGUUGGACCGGAGCUCCGCGUCUUUAACCUCCUUGGAAAUUGUGCAGUUUCUUUACUCGACGACUCCGUCUCCGGUGAACAACCCUUUCAUAAAGACAAUAUCAGAGCCAUUCGAUUCGGCGCUGAAGGAAAACUGUUCGUAUCCGCCGGUGAUGAUAAAACCCUAAAAAUUUGGUCGACGCAAUCCUGGCAUUGCGUUUCCACUGUUGCGUCGGAGAAGAGAGUUACUGCUGUUGCUAUAAGUAACGACGGAUUGCACGUGUGUUUUGCUGAUAAAUUCGGUCUAGUUUGGGUUGUGGAUCUUAACCAAACUUCGCAGGAUAAGAAACCGACGCCGACGCCACUUCUUUCUCAUUAUUGCAGUAUCAUCACUAGCUUGGAGUUUUCGCCAGAUAAUCGGUUUAUUAUCAGUGCUGAUAGGGAUUUCAAAAUUCGUGUUACUAAUUUUCCCAAGAAUCUCUUAAAUGGAGCUCACGAGAUUCAGAGUUUUUGUCUCAGCCAUACAGAGUUUGUAUCCUGCCUUGCCUUUGUUCCAGCUCAGGAAAGCCCUCACAGUCUUCUUCUAUCUGGCAGUGGUGAUUCCACAGUACGAUUGUGGGAUAUCUCUUCUGGAUCACUCUUGGAUACUUGUGAGGUUGCAAUUAAGGCAGGGCUUCUAGAGUCCAAUGGUAAUGCAGAGGAGCAUGAUCAUGCUAUUACUGAUUUAUGUACCACCCUGGAUGGUUUGCUUGUUGCGGUGGCCAUUCAGAGCUUGCGUGGAAUUGUAUUGUUGAGUUGCAAUGUUUCUGCCCAAACACUUUCUUUUGCCAAGGUUGUUUCUAUUGCAGGAGAGACCUUUAUCCCUACAUGCCUGGCAAACAGCUCCACUUCAAAGGAAUUGUGGAUGGUUACAGGUGUCUCUAGUUUACCUGGUUAUGAUUACCCGUCUUUGGCUCGUGUCCUUGUAAUUUCUGGUAUUGAUGUUGAGCAAGAGCCAGUUGUUCUUGAAGACGAUAAGAUUCCUGGGGGAGAAAAGCUGCUAGAAACAUUACAAGGAACUACAUCUGUUGAUGGCAAUGCUUUUCUGGCAGCAGCUGAAGCUGUCAAAGCAGCAAUGUGUAACUUAUUAAUAAAGAAGCAUUAUCCUUUCGAGAAUAGAGAAUAUAGAAAGAAAACCAGAAAUGAUAAAAAACUAAAGGAAUAA